AAUAACCUGAAACUAAAUGAUGCAAAUAUCAACGAUACUGAUUGUUUUGUAUUUGAGAGUGAGUUAAUCAUUAACUGUAAGCAUUAAUGUUUGCUCAUGCUCUGCUAUUUUAACAGCCUACGACUGUAACUAACUUAGUACAUGCGAAUGGGAUCUAUCAUCCAAGAGUUGUAAUUAGGUUAGAUUAGUUGCUUAUUCCUCCACUCUCUGUUCUUCUAUCAUAGAUGGAGGAAAAUGUGCUAAGCAAAGAGGAUGUGCCUUUGUAGACAAGAAAUGUGUAGUGUUUAGUAAUUGCUAAUCAUACAUUGCAACAUCAAAUGUAGAAUGUCAAAAGUACUCAAUGUUAUGCAAUUGGUCACUUGUUAAUUAAUAUUGUACAGAUGAAAGUGUCUGUAAUGAGUAUGUAGGCGAGGACAAAUAGUCAGGUUGUGAGUCUGUAAAAUAACUAAAUGGAGAAGGCUUAUGUCUAUACAACACAUCCACUAAAUAAUGCAAGGAGAAGGAAUGCAAAGAUUAUCCUAAGAAAACAAAUGAAGACUGUAACAAAGUGCUGUUAAAUCAAUUGUGCAUUUCAGAUAAAAAGACAUGCGUGAAGGAACUUGCUAAUUGUGAUUCCUACAACGUUGAGGACUGUCUGUAUAUCUUAUCUAAGGAUGGAGAAUGUGAAGUCAAUAAUAAUACGAAUAAGUGUCAACUCAGAACUUGUAAAUUGGCUCCAGAUGCGUCAUCAGACGAAGCAUGCAAAAAGUAUAAAUCUACAUGCUUAUCGAAUAAACAAAAAUGUGUUGACUCCUUGGGCUCCUGUUCAGCUUAUACAAUUGAUGAAUGUUUAAGUUAUAAAGGAAUUAAUGGAGACUGUUAAAUCAAUUCAGAUAUUCAAUAAUGUAAGGACCCAAGUUGUGAAGAUUUUAAGGGAACAACCAUUGAUGAAUGCAAGAAAGCAAGUCCAAACUUAAAAUGCAUAUCCAAUGGGAUUUAAUGUGUUUCAAUCUUGGCUGGUACUUGCAAAUAAGUGAAAAUUCUGGAGAACUCAACUUGUGAUCAAUAUAUAAGCUUAGAAGGCUAGUGUAAACCAGAAACUGAAGGAUCUAAAGUUUGUGUAUUAGACAUUUGUUCAAAUCAUGAUUUAGACACAGAUGAAUUAUGCAAUAAGUAUUCAUCAAGAGACACGAACUCUCCAAAAUUAUGUAUAUCAAAUGGAGUGAAAUGUACAACUUCAUUAUAGCCCUGCAGCAGUUAUAAGAAGUCUGAUGGAUGCUUUAAAUAUAAAGGAUCAGAUGGGAAAUGCUUUGAAAACGAAGUAUCAGAUUAAUGUCAACCAACUCCUUGUGAAAUUAUUCAAUAGCCUAGCCUGACCACUUGCAUUUCAACAAAUCCAAGUUGCUAAUUUGAUGGGUAGAAUUGUGUUACUUCAUUAAAACAAUGUAAUUAAUACACAUCGAAAUGUGAGACUAUUAUUUCAAUUAAUAACAAACCUUGUAUUUAAGAUCCAACUGACCCUGAAAAAUGCAUAGAACAAACCUGUAAUACUGCUCCACUUACGACAAAAACAGAUGAAGAUUGCUAAGCUUACUUCCCUACAUGUUUAACAAAUGGAUAAGGUUGCACAGAUAAAUUAGAAAAUUGUGAUACUUAUACUGGUACUUUUUAAUAAUGUGAGAAAUUAAUUGGUUUGGAUGGUAAAUGUACCGGAACAAGUAAGACUCAAACUACUGAUAAGUGCAUAGCUAAAACUUGUUAAGAAUCUAGUACAGCCAAUGAAUAAGCAUGUAAAGCUUACACAAAAAAUUGUUUAUUCAAUGGUAUAAUGAAGAAAUGUUAACCUUCUAUUUAGUCAUGUAAAUCAAUUGAUAAUUAAAUGGCUUGUGAAUAAACUUUGACUACUGCACCAGGAAGAUUCUGCUUGUGGGUUAAUGAAAUUUGUGUUACAGCCACUUGCAAUAUGAUAGAAACUCAAGGAAGCUAAGAUGUUUGUAAUAUUUUUGGAGAUAGUUGUCAAUAUGAUAAUCUUGGUGGGUGUAAAGAUUCAACAUUUUACGAAUGUUCAUCCCUUAGGUCUAGAACCACAUGUACUACCGAUUAAUCUGGAAAUGCUUGUAUCUGGGACAACUAUUAGAAAAAGUGUAUCAAAUUUAAUAAAUGUGAGGAUUUCGUAUUAAGAGUCAAAAGAGAUGGUACUGGGAAUACUAUCCCUAAAGAUGCUUUUGAUAUUUUCUAGGAUAAUUUUAUCUGUUCCAGUAUUAGCGAUAAAUGCUUUUCAGACGGGAGCGAAACCUGUAAACAUAAAUUGCCUUGUCAAAAAUUUACUCAAGAAAAUUGUAAUUAAUCAGUUGGAAUAAAUGAAAAGAUAUGUGGUUAUAAUGCCAUUUAAUAAGUAUGUCAAACCUUUGGUGCAUGUGGAGAUUUACAACUCAAAACACAUGUAGAAUGUUAAGCAUACAGCAGUUAAUGUACUACUAACAAAGAGACUUGUGUAGAAAAGGUGCAAUGCACUUUAAAUAAAGAUUAGGAUUCUUGUGAAGCUGGAGGUACUGAUGGUAGAUGUUUCUGGGAGAAUUCUGCAUGUUCUCCUUGGAAAUGUUAAAAUGCCCUAUUGACAACUCAUCAAGACUGCUAAAAGUAAUCGCCUAAAUGCACAACCAAUGGAACUAAUUGUAUAGAUUUAAUGGAAUGUGAUAAAUAUGAAUCUCCAGGUUGUGUAAUAGCUUUUGAUAACACUGCUUGUUUUUAUGAUGCCUAACUAAGUAAAUGCAGACUAAAGGUUUGCUCUGAUUAUACUGGUAUAACAGAAUAGCAAAUGUGUUAAAAUAUAGGUUGUGCUUAUGAUUCUGCUAAUUAAGCUUGUAUUAGUUUUGACAGCUGCAAUAAUUAUAAAAGCUAAUUUUAAUGCAAUGACAAUGUUUCUAAAGACAAUUCUACCUGCAUAUGGUAAGAGUAGAUAAACAGCACUUCAAAUUGUUUAUAAAUGGAUUCUUGUAGUUAGGCAAAUUCGAUUGAAAAAAAUUGUAAGAACUUUGGUUGUGCCUUUGUACCAGAAGCCAUAAUUAAUGGAACGGUUUAAAACUCUCAAUGUAAUCAAAUGGAUUGCUCAUUAUUGAAUCCAAAUAGCAAUAGUGACAUUGGGUGUAAACCUCUGAUCAAUACUAUCAGUAAACAGAUUACAUUAUGUGCAUGGAGCACAAAAACAAAUAAAUGUGUUGAAAGUACAGACUUAAGUUCUUACAAUCAAAAUACUUGUUUUACUUUAACACAAUAUAAUUAUUAUUGGAAUCCAAGCACAUCCUAAUGCGUUUCAUGUACCAAAAUUGAAAAACCUUAAAAUUCUACCAAAGCCAAUGACACUCCUAAUGAAACUACAUAAAACUCGUUUGGAAUAGGCCUUAUCCAAUAGCUAACUCUUUUGAUGUUUAUUUGCUUCUAACUAUUUUGA